AUGCAGAGCAAACACCGCUACAAAGAAUCACUAUCAGGAUCUGGUUGUCCGAUAUGGCCUGGAGAUUUUGAGUUACUAUAUAAGUAUGAAACAUAUAAUAACAGCUACAAAGAAUCACUAUCAGGAUCUGGUUGUCCGAUAUGGCCUGGAGAUUUUGAGUUACUAUAUAAGUAUGAAACAUAUAAUAACAGCUACAAAGAAUCACUAUCAGGAUCUGGUUGUCCGAUAUGGCCUGGAGAUUUUGAGUUACUAUAUAAGUAUGAAACAUAUAAUAACAGCUACAAAGAAUCACUAUCAGGAUCUGGUUGUCCGAUAUGGCCUGGAGAUUUUGAGUUACUAUACAAGUAUGAAACAUAUAAUAACAGCUACAAAGAAUCACUAUCAGGAUCUGGUUGUCCGAUAUGGCCUGGAGAUUUUGAGUUACUAUACAAGUAUGAAACAUAUAAUAACAGCUACAAAGAAUCACUAUCAGGAUCUGGUUGUCCGAUAUGGCCUGGAGAUUUUGAGUUACUAUAUAAGUAUGAAACAUAUAAUAACAGCUACAAAGAAUCACUAUCAGGAUCUGGUUGUCCGAUAUGGCCUGGAGAUUUUGAGUUACUAUAUAAGUAUGAAACAUAUAAUAACAGCUACAAAGAAUCACUAUCAGGAUCUGGUUGUCCGAUAUGGCCUGGAGAUUUUGAGUUACUAUAUAAGUAUGAAACAUAUAAUAACAGCUACAAAGAAUCACUAUCAGGAUCUGGUUGUCCGAUAUGGCCUGGAGAUUUUGAGUUACUAUAUAAGUAUGAAACAUAUAAUAACAGCUACAAAGAAUCACUAUCAGGAUCUGGUUGUCCGAUAUGGCCUGGAGAUUUUGAGUUACUAUAUAAGUAUGAAACAUAUAAUAACAGCUACAAAGAAUCACUAUCAGGAUCUGGUUGUCCGAUAUGGCCUGGAGAUUUUGAGUUACUAUAUAAGUAUGAAACAUAUAAUAACAGCUACAAAGAAUCACUAUCAGGAUCUGGUUGUCCGAUAUGGCCUGGAGAUUUUGAGUUACUAUAUAAGUAUGAAACAUAUAAUAACAGCUACAAAGAAUCACUAUCAGGAUCUGGUUGUCCGAUAUGGCCUGGAGAUUUUGAGUUACUAUAUAAGUAUGAAACAUAUAAUAACAGCUACAAAGAAUCACUAUCAGGAUCUGGUUGUCCGAUAUGGCCUGGAGAUUUUGAGUUACUAUAUAAGUAUGAAACAUAUAAUAACAGCUACAAAGAAUCACUAUCAGGAUCUGGUUGUCCGAUAUGGCCUGGAGAUUUUGAGUUACUAUAUAAGUAUGAAACAUAUAAUAACAGCUACAAAGAAUCACUAUCAGGAUCUGGUUGUCCGAUAUGGCCUGGAGAUUUUGAGUUACUAUAUAAGUAUGAAACAUAUAAUAACAGCUACAAAGAAUCACUAUCAGGAUCUGGUUGUCCGAUAUGGCCUGGAGAUUUUGAGUUACUAUAUAAGUAUGAAACAUAUAAUAACAGCUACAAAGAAUCACUAUCAGGAUCUGGUUGUCCGAUAUGGCCUGGAGAUUUUGAGUUACUAUAUAAGUAUGAAACAUAUAAUAACAGCUACAAAGAAUCACUAUCAGGAUCUGGUUGUCCGAUAUGGCCUGGAGAUUUUGAGUUACUAUAUAAGUAUGAAACAUAUAAUAACAGCUACAAAGAAUCACUAUCAGGAUCUGGUUGUCCGAUAUGGCCUGGAGAUUUUGAGUUACUAUAUAAGUAUGAAACAUAUAAUAACAGCUACAAAGAAUCACUAUCAGGAUCUGGUUGUCCGAUAUGGCCUGGAGAUUUUGAGUUACUAUAUAAGUAUGAAACAUAUAAUAACAGCUACAAAGAAUCACUAUCAGGAUCUGGUUGUCCGAUAUGGCCUGGAGAUUUUGAGUUACUAUAUAAGUAUGAAACAUAUAAUAACAGCUACAAAGAAUCACUAUCAGGAUCUGGUUGUCCGAUAUGGCCUGGAGAUUUUGAGUUACUAUAUAAGUAUGAAACAUAUAAUAACAGCUACAAAGAAUCACUAUCAGGAUCUGGUUGUCCGAUAUGGCCUGGAGAUUUUGAGUUACUAUAUAAGUAUGAAACAUAUAAUAACAGCUACAAAGAAUCACUAUCAGGAUCUGGUUGUCCGAUAUGGCCUGGAGAUUUUGAGUUACUAUAUAAGUAUGAAACAUAUAAUAACAGCUACAAAGAAUCACUAUCAGGAUCUGGUUGUCCGAUAUGGCCUGGAGAUUUUGAGUUACUAUAUAAGUAUGAAACAUAUAAUAACAGCUACAAAGAAUCACUAUCAGGAUCUGGUUGUCCGAUAUGGCCUGGAGAUUUUGAGUUACUAUAUAAGUAUGAAACAUAUAAUAACAGCUACAAAGAAUCACUAUCAGGAUCUGGUUGUCCGAUAUGGCCUGGAGAUUUUGAGUUACUAUAUAAGUAUGAAACAUAUAAUAACAGCUACAAAGAAUCACUAUCAGGAUCUGGUUGUCCGAUAUGGCCUGGAGAUUUUGAGUUACUAUAUAAGUAUGAAACAUAUAAUAACAGCUACAAAGAAUCACUAUCAGGAUCUGGUUGUCCGAUAUGGCCUGGAGAUUUUGAGUUACUAUAUAAGUAUGAAACAUAUAAUAACAGCUACAAAGAAUCACUAUCAGGAUCUGGUUGUCCGAUAUGGCCUGGAGAUUUUGAGUUACUAUAUAAGUAUGAAACAUAUAAUAACAGCUACAAAGAAUCACUAUCAGGAUCUGGUUGUCCGAUAUGGCCUGGAGAUUUUGAGUUACUAUAUAAGUAUGAAACAUAUAAUAACAGCUACAAAGAAUCACUAUCAGGAUCUGGUUGUCCGAUAUGGCCUGGAGAUUUUGAGUUACUAUAUAAGUAUGAAACAUAUAAUAACAGCUACAAAGAAUCACUAUCAGGAUCUGGUUGUCCGAUAUGGCCUGGAGAUUUUGAGUUACUAUAUAAGUAUGAAACAUAUAAUAACAGCUACAAAGAAUCACUAUCAGGAUCUGGUUGUCCGAUAUGGCCUGGAGAUUUUGAGUUACUAUAUAAGUAUGAAACAUAUAAUAACAGCUACAAAGAAUCACUAUCAGGAUCUGGUUGUCCGAUAUGGCCUGGAGAUUUUGAGUUACUAUAUAAGUAUGAAACAUAUAAUAACAGCUACAAAGAAUCACUAUCAGGAUCUGGUUGUCCGAUAUGGCCUGGAGAUUUUGAGUUACUAUAUAAGUAUGAAACAUAUAAUAACAGCUACAAAGAAUCACUAUCAGGAUCUGGUUGUCCGAUAUGGCCUGGAGAUUUUGAGUUACUAUAUAAGUAUGAAACAUAUAAUAACAGCUACAAAGAAUCACUAUCAGGAUCUGGUUGUCCGAUAUGGCCUGGAGAUUUUGAGUUACUAUAUAAGUAUGAAACAUAUAAUAACAGCUACAAAGAAUCACUAUCAGGAUCUGGUUGUCCGAUAUGGCCUGGAGAUUUUGAGUUACUAUAUAAGUAUGAAACAUAUAAUAACAGCUACAAAGAAUCACUAUCAGGAUCUGGUUGUCCGAUAUGGCCUGGAGAUUUUGAGUUACUAUAUAAGUAUGAAACAUAUAAUAACAGCUACAAAGAAUCACUAUCAGGAUCUGGUUGUCCGAUAUGGCCUGGAGAUUUUGAGUUACUAUAUAAGUAUGAAACAUAUAAUAACAGCUACAAAGAAUCACUAUCAGGAUCUGGUUGUCCGAUAUGGCCUGGAGAUUUUGAGUUACUAUAUAAGUAUGAAACAUAUAAUAACAGCUACAAAGAAUCACUAUCAGGAUCUGGUUGUCCGAUAUGGCCUGGAGAUUUUGAGUUACUAUAUAAGUAUGAAACAUAUAAUAACAGCUACAAAGAAUCACUAUCAGGAUCUGGUUGUCCGAUAUGGCCUGGAGAUUUUGAGUUACUAUAUAAGUAUGAAACAUAUAAUAACAGCUACAAAGAAUCACUAUCAGGAUCUGCUUGUCCGAUAUGGCCUGGAGAUUUUGAGUUACUAUAUAAGUAUGAAACAUAUAAUAACAGCUACAAAGAAUCACUAUCAGGAUCUGGUUGUCCGAUAUGGCCUGGAGAUUUUGAGUUACUAUAUAAGUAUGAAACAUAUAAUAACAGCUACAAAGAAUCACUAUCAGGAUCUGGUUGUCCGAUAUGGCCUGGAGAUUUUGAGUUACUAUAUAAGUAUGAAACAUAUAAUAACAGCUACAAAGAAUCACUAUCAGGAUCUGGUUGUCCGAUAUGGCCUGGAGAUUUUGAGUUACUAUAUAAGUAUGAAACAUAUAAUAACAGCUACAAAGAAUCACUAUCAGGAUCUGGUUGUCCGAUAUGGCCUGGAGAUUUUGAGUUACUAUAUAAGUAUGAAACAUAUAAUAACAGCUACAAAGAAUCACUAUCAGGAUCUGGUUGUCCGAUAUGGCCUGGAGAUUUUGAGUUACUAUAUAAGUAUGAAACAUAUAAUAACAGCUACAAAGAAUCACUAUCAGGAUCUGGUUGUCCGAUAUGGCCUGGAGAUUUUGAGUUACUAUAUAAGUAUGAAACAUAUAAUAACAGCUACAAAGAAUCACUAUCAGGAUCUGGUUGUCCGAUAUGGCCUGGAGAUUUUGAGUUACUAUAUAAGUAUGAAACAUAUAAUAACAGCUACAAAGAAUCACUAUCAGGAUCUGGUUGUCCGAUAUGGCCUGGAGAUUUUGAGUUACUAUAUAAGUAUGAAACAUAUAAUAACAGCUACAAAGAAUCACUAUCAGGAUCUGGUUGUCCGAUAUGGCCUGGAGAUUUUGAGUUACUAUAUAAGUAUGAAACAUAUAAUAACAGCUACAAAGAAUCACUAUCAGGAUCUGGUUGUCCGAUAUGGCCUGGAGAUUUUGAGUUACUAUAUAAGUAUGAAACAUAUAAUAACAGCUACAAAGAAUCACUAUCAGGAUCUGGUUGUCCGAUAUGGCCUGGAGAUUUUGAGUUACUAUAUAAGUAUGAAACAUAUAAUAACAGCUACAAAGAAUCACUAUCAGGAUCUGGUUGUCCGAUAUGGCCUGGAGAUUUUGAGUUACUAUAUAAGUAUGAAACAUAUAAUAACAGCUACAAAGAAUCACUAUCAGGAUCUGGUUGUCCGAUAUGGCCUGGAGAUUUUGAGUUACUAUAUAAGUAUGAAACAUAUAAUAACAGCUACAAAGAAUCACUAUCAGGAUCUGGUUGUCCGAUAUGGCCUGGAGAUUUUGAGUUACUAUAUAAGUAUGAAACAUAUAAUAACAGCUACAAAGAAUCACUAUCAGGAUCUGGUUGUCCGAUAUGGCCUGGAGAUUUUGAGUUACUAUAUAAGUAUGAAACAUAUAAUAACAGCUACAAAGAAUCACUAUCAGGAUCUGGUUGUCCGAUAUGGCCUGGAGAUUUUGAGUUACUAUAUAAGUAUGAAACAUAUAAUAACAGCUACAAAGAAUCACUAUCAGGAUCUGGUUGUCCGAUAUGGCCUGGAGAUUUUGAGUUACUAUAUAAGUAUGAAACAUAUAAUAACAGCUACAAAGAAUCACUAUCAGGAUCUGGUUGUCCGAUAUGGCCUGGAGAUUUUGAGUUACUAUAUAAGUAUGAAACAUAUAAUAACAGCUACAAAGAAUCACUAUCAGGAUCUGGUUGUCCGAUAUGGCCUGGAGAUUUUGAGUUACUAUAUAAGUAUGAAACAUAUAAUAACAGCUACAAAGAAUCACUAUCAGGAUCUGGUUGUCCGAUAUGGCCUGGAGAUUUUGAGUUACUAUAUAAGUAUGAAACAUAUAAUAACAGCUACAAAGAAUCACUAUCAGGAUCUGGUUGUCCGAUAUGGCCUGGAGAUUUUGAGUUACUAUAUAAGUAUGAAACAUAUAAUAACAGCUACAAAGAAUCACUAUCAGGAUCUGGUUGUCCGAUAUGGCCUGGAGAUUUUGAGUUACUAUAUAAGUAUGAAACAUAUAAUAACAGCUACAAAGAAUCACUAUCAGGAUCUGGUUGUCCGAUAUGGCCUGGAGAUUUUGAGUUACUAUAUAAGUAUGAAACAUAUAAUAACAGCUACAAAGAAUCACUAUCAGGAUCUGGUUGUCCGAUAUGGCCUGGAGAUUUUGAGUUACUAUAUAAGUAUGAAACAUAUAAUAACAGCUACAAAGAAUCACUAUCAGGAUCUGGUUGUCCGAUAUGGCCUGGAGAUUUUGAGUUACUAUAUAAGUAUGAAACAUAUAAUAACAGCUACAAAGAAUCACUAUCAGGAUCUGGUUGUCCGAUAUGGCCUGGAGAUUUUGAGUUACUAUAUAAGUAUGAAACAUAUAAUAACAGCUACAAAGAAUCACUAUCAGGAUCUGGUUGUCCGAUAUGGCCUGGAGAUUUUGAGUUACUAUAUAAGUAUGAAACAUAUAAUAACAGCUACAAAGAAUCACUAUCAGGAUCUGGUUGUCCGAUAUGGCCUGGAGAUUUUGAGUUACUAUAUAAGUAUGAAACAUAUAAUAACAGCUACAAAGAAUCACUAUCAGGAUCUGGUUGUCCGAUAUGGCCUGGAGAUUUUGAGUUACUAUAUAAGUAUGAAACAUAUAAUAACAGCUACAAAGAAUCACUAUCAGGAUCUGGUUGUCCGAUAUGGCCUGGAGAUUUUGAGUUACUAUAUAAGUAUGAAACAUAUAAUAACAGCUACAAAGAAUCACUAUCAGGAUCUGGUUGUCCGAUAUGGCCUGGAGAUUUUGAGUUACUAUAUAAGUAUGAAACAUAUAAUAACAGCUACAAAGAAUCACUAUCAGGAUCUGGUUGUCCGAUAUGGCCUGGAGAUUUUGAGUUACUAUAUAAGUAUGAAACAUAUAAUAACAGCUACAAAGAAUCACUAUCAGGAUCUGGUUGUCCGAUAUGGCCUGGAGAUUUUGAGUUACUAUAUAAGUAUGAAACAUAUAAUAACAGCUACAAAGAAUCACUAUCAGGAUCUGGUUGUCCGAUAUGGCCUGGAGAUUUUGAGUUACUAUAUAAGUAUGAAACAUAUAAUAACAGCUACAAAGAAUCACUAUCAGGAUCUGGUUGUCCGAUAUGGCCUGGAGAUUUUGAGUUACUAUAUAAGUAUGAAACAUAUAAUAACAGCUACAAAGAAUCACUAUCAGGAUCUGGUUGUCCGAUAUGGCCUGGAGAUUUUGAGUUACUAUAUAAGUAUGAAACAUAUAAUAACAGCUACAAAGAAUCACUAUCAGGAUCUGGUUGUCCGAUAUGGCCUGGAGAUUUUGAGUUACUAUAUAAGUAUGAAACAUAUAAUAACAGCUACAAAGAAUCACUAUCAGGAUCUGGUUGUCCGAUAUGGCCUGGAGAUUUUGAGUUACUAUAUAAGUAUGAAACAUAUAAUAACAGCUACAAAGAAUCACUAUCAGGAUCUGGUUGUCCGAUAUGGCCUGGAGAUUUUGAGUUACUAUAUAAGUAUGAAACAUAUAAUAACAGCUACAAAGAAUCACUAUCAGGAUCUGGUUGUCCGAUAUGGCCUGGAGAUUUUGAGUUACUAUAUAAGUAUGAAACAUAUAAUAACAGCUACAAAGAAUCACUAUCAGGAUCUGGUUGUCCGAUAUGGCCUGGAGAUUUUGAGUUACUAUAUAAGUAUGAAACAUAUAAUAACAGCUACAAAGAAUCACUAUCAGGAUCUGGUUGUCCGAUAUGGCCUGGAGAUUUUGAGUUACUAUACAAGUAUGAAACAUAUAAUAACAGCUACAAAGAAUCACUAUCAGGAUCUGGUUGUCCGAUAUGGCCUGGAGAUUUUGAGUUACUAUACAAGUAUGAAACAUAUAAUAACAGCUACAAAGAAUCACUAUCAGGAUCUGGUUGUCCGAUAUGGCCUGGAGAUUUUGAGUUACUAUAUAAGUAUGAAACAUAUAAUAACAGCUACAAAGAAUCACUAUCAGGAUCUGGUUGUCCGAUAUGGCCUGGAGAUUUUGAGUUACUAUACAGGCGCUAA